CUCUGACUCGCAGGCGCAUGAAGAUCUUCAGCCAAUCAGCGAGAAAACGAGGCGGUGCUGUGUGUUGACGUACUGUCACGUGACGCGCUGGCGGGCUUUUCUGAAACCGGAGGCGGACAGUCCGACCGAGGUAGUUGUGGAAGGACAAAACCUCUGAGGAUCAUUGACUGAAAAACUUGUAUGCCAUUAAAGGUUGAAUUGACUGAAAACUUUGUGCCAUGGCCAUGCAGAUGCAGUGUGAUGAAAGUACAGAUUUGUCAACAGAUGAGGGAAGCUUUGGUCCUCAACCCAUUUCACGGUUGGAGCAAUGUGGUAUAAAUGCAAAUGAUGUGAAGAAAUUAGAAGAAGCUGGAUUUCACACUGUUGAAGCUGUUGCUUAUGCACCAAAGAAAGAAUUGCUCAAUAUUAAAGGCAUUAGUGAAGCUAAAGCUGACAAAAUCUUGGCAGAAGCAGCAAAAUUGGUUCCAAUGGGCUUCACCACAGCAACAGAGUUUCAUCAGCGGAGGUCAGAGAUCAUUCAGAUCACCACUGGAUCCAAAGAACUUGAUAAGCUCCUUCAAGGAGGCAUAGAAACUGGGUCUAUAACAGAGAUGUUUGGAGAAUUCCGCACAGGAAAGACUCAGUUGUGUCACACAUUAGCAGUAACCUGCCAGCUUCCGAUUGAUCGAGGUGGGGGUGAAGGGAAAGCUAUGUACAUUGACACGGAGGGCACUUUCCGACCAGAGCGCUUGCUUGCUGUGGCUGAAAGGUAUGGCUUAUCCGGCAGCGAUGUGCUUGAUAAUGUGGCAUAUGCUCGAGGUUUCAACACGGACCACCAGACGCAGCUCCUAUACCAAGCAUCUGCUAUGAUGACAGAAUCAAGGUAUGCUUUGCUGAUCGUGGAUAGUGCCACAGCUCUUUACCGGACAGAUUAUUCUGGUCGAGGUGAAUUGUCAGCCAGACAGAUGCACUUGGCCAGAUUUUUACGCAUGCUGCUUCGACUUGCAGAUGAGUUUGGUGUGGCAGUCGUGAUUACAAACCAGGUGGUAGCUCAAGUAGACGGAGCUGCAAUGUUUGCUGCAGAUCCCAAGAAGCCUAUUGGAGGGAACAUUAUUGCACAUGCAUCAACCACCAGACUCUACCUGAGGAAAGGUCGUGGUGAAACAAGGAUAUGUAAAAUCUAUGAUUCACCUUGUCUUCCUGAAGCUGAAGCUAUGUUUGCCAUUAAUGCUGAUGGAGUGGGAGAUGCUAAAGACUGAGCAACCCAAUGUAUUCAGCGUAUAAGAAUGGACUAAUCAAAGGCAACUGUUCUGCCGACGAUACUCCUCCUCAUGUUUUGUGACUCCCACAAGAACUGUCAUAAGCGGGGGAUGCCCUGACUGAACAUUUGACCUUCCUUGUCAGAGUUUCUAUACUUUGAUUUAAAAAUAACCCUUUGAACUCUUGACCUAUUGACCUUCUGACAACUUUUGCUGCAUUGAAUCAUUUCAUUCUUAAUGUUGUAGCAUGGCCAGAACUCCGAGAAACACCUUAUUUGCCAAGUGCAUGCACAGCUGAUAUGAAGAGUGAAAUACUGAACUUUUACCUGACUAGUCAAAUGCCGAAAACUAUGGAACAAGUCUAGAAGAAUGGCAUGUCAAGGAUUAGUAAAAGUUCAGGAAAAGAUUCUUUGUGGAGACUGAGAGUAUGCUUUGUCUUAACUAUUUCGUUUGCUUUUAAAAUUGAUUUAGAAUUGGCUUGAAAAUCUAAGCAAAAAGGCUAUGACAGCAUUAAAACUGUGAGCUGGAAAUUUUUUGAAUUGCAACUUCAGAACUGAAAUUACUAGGUGAAACUUUAUUUUUCUAAAUCUGUCUUCUAAAUUAAUUCAUUAUUCACCUUAUCCCAAACAAGCCAAGCAUUGUGUUAUCCUUGUGCUAAACAAAAAUUAUAGAUGUCUUUCUGUCAGCAUUGGUGAGGUCAUAUCUUCUACUUGUAAAUAUUUCCAAGACACUUUGAUUGUUCUAGCAUUUAAGACUGAUUAAAGUAAAUCUUAUACCUA